CUCCAGGCGGGCGCUGCACAAAGGCAGAGCCGGACCGCGUCUCAAAACCGAGCCGAGGCUGCCCGACGCACGCAGAAUGGCGCCCUCCGCCAUCAGCAAGUUCAGCAACUACGCCGCGUCGCAAGGCCGGCCCGACCUCGCCGAGCUGCUUCCCACCGAGGAGGGCGCCCCCGUCGUCAUCGAAUUGGGCGCGGCGAACGCGUCGCGACUGUUGGAUGACGAGGACGCUGAAGUGAUCGCGGAGGGCUCGAAGGACGCGGGAUUGUGGAUCGAGAAAGUCGCGCUGCCGCACCAUUCGGUGGGCGACGCCGGCGCUGCCCAUCUGGCCAAGCUGUCCAUGUGCAAGGCGCUCGAUCUCACGGCCAAUGGUUUAUCAGCGAAGGGCCUCGAGGCCAUCACCGAAGCCAUGACCGGCGUCACCUCCCUCAAACUGGGCUGGAACGCCUUAGGAAGGGCGGGCGGCGAGAUCGUCGCAAAGGCUAUGGGUCGGCCGGGCUGCCCCCUGAAGGAACUGGACCUGAGCCAUUGCGAAAUCGACGCGCCCGGGUUAAUAGCCAUCUGCGCGGUUUUGAGACAUGAGGAGACGGCGCCGCCCAUCGAAAUCCUGGACCUGGGCAGCAACAAGCUCUUCUGCGAGACGCACGAGGACGUCGCGAAACAAGUGUCCACUUGUGUCGGCCUGAACAAAACGCUGAAAGUCCUGAGACUGCGCAAUUUGAGAUUCGACGACGCCUGCGCCGGCUACAUCAGCGACGCUAUUCGAGUAAACAAGUCGUUGACCGAAGUUGAUUUAUCUGCGAAUAGAAUAUGCGCGGCCGGCGCCGCGGCGUUAGCUGGGGCGUUGUACGAUGCUUGCUUUACCGCAAGACGCAAGCAGAUGGAGCCCGAACCGCCCCUGAAGAAGCUGGACCUCUCGCGCAAUGUGGUGGGAGACGGCGGCGCCGCGGCUUUGGCGGAGAUGAUCGCCGCCGACCCUUCUCUCACAGAGUUGCGGGUCUGCAACAACGGCAUCCGGGACGAGGGCGGGGCCGCUCUCGCGACCGCGUGCCUCGCGAAGACGCAUCUCGAGUACCUGGCCAUGUGGGGCAACACGUUCGGGCCCAAGGCCUGCGCGGCCAUCGACCACCUGGACAACGGGGACCACGACGCGUUCGUGGAUCUGGACGUCCGGACUUAUGAGGUAGACGGCAAGCUCAAGGCGUCGCGGGCGAAUAAGUAGC